AUGGGGAAGAAUUCUGUUACUCCGUUGGAUUUGCUUCAUAAUGCAUGCGAUUACAUUACGCUGAAACUUGAUGAGACUAAUUACGUUCAAUGGAGCUAUCAAGUGGAAAAAUUUCCAAAAGUUCAUCGCCUAUCUGGAUUUCUUGAUGGUAUUGUUGUGGCUCCUACUGAUUCUAAUAAUGGUGAUUUUAAGGAAUUGGAAGCUAUGGAUACAACAAUCUUGAACCUCAUUGUUGCUAGUCUUUCAUUAGAAAUCAGAAGAUUUAUGAACCUUAGGUAA